AUGGAGGACGACGAGCGUGUGAGAAGCAAAGGUGGCAAAGACAGCGCAAAACUUGCGUCGACCAACCUCACAAGUUCCCCCGCUCCCUUGAUCGUGUCUCUAGCCAACGACGGGCGCUCAUCAAUGGUUGAUAUCUUCCUCUCAACGCCCUACGACCAGUCGCUCCUCAGUGACCGAGAGGACAUUCCACAUCGACUUGGAGGCUACAGGACUAUGGACGACGAGCCCGACGACGAUGGACGCAGUUUCCGCGCACAGGUAAUGCUACAGAUGCUCUUUGCAGUAAUGCAAAAUCAGCAGCGCCGCGAGGAGGAGGAGCUGCGUACAAUGGGAGCAGACGUUAUCGAGAGAUCUGACAAUGAGAGAGCGGAUCAGAUCACGCCGAGUGACCGCAGCGGACAAGACAAGGACAUCGAAACGGCACCCCCAAACCGACCCAUCGGUCCUUGCGACGCUGUCAUCCAACUCAAACAGAAGCUCGUAUCGAAUUUGGAGAGCACGGAUAUAUUUUCAUGGGUGUCCAGCCAUCGCGACGAUGCUUUGACGGACUUGAGAGCGCACAGCGAAUGUCAUAGAGAGAUCUGGCGCACAUUGGAAGUGCUGGAAGAGCAAAGCGACCAAGACAGCGGCCUUGGCAAGUCGAUGUCAGCUGUCGCGAAGAACAGACAAGAAAUAUUCACAGCGCUCACGCGCGAGAUCUUCUACUGUUCACCAGCCCUCUCACUCAACCACCGCCUCGCCGCGGCGAAGCUUUUGGGCUUCCUUUGCGCCUCUCCUCCUUCACUCAGCGUCUUGGAGGAGAAGGUCUCCGUCUAUCGUGAUGUUCUUCACACACGACAUUACGUUCGCGAGGGAGAAGACCUUGCCGGCCUCCUUCGUGCCCUCGAGGCCCUGUGUCAGUGUUCGGACCUGUGGUAUCUCACGUUGGCAUUGGAGGAGCGUGCAUCGUUGAUGCGACAGGCGCUCGUGCUUUCCCAUGCCGACAAACACCUUAUCACCUCCCUUGCGAGUGUUCUGUUGAUGAUGUAUGACCGCAGCUCGCGGCCGGAGCACCUCCAAGAGGCAAAGCAGCUCGCAGAGGAAAUAAGGCAGCGCGAGGCAGGGUUGGACUGUGCGGUGCUGAGCACGAUGGAGACACAUCUGAACGAGACAGGCUCCUUCUUGCCCGACAUCGACACGUGGCUGAAACUACAUUGCAGGAUGACCACCCUUGCCCCAACCACGCACGUAAACUGCCCCGAACGACUGAUGACGCUCGAAACCGCGAUGAGGGAGCGGGGUUCAUCUGCGAGGGACCGGAUCAAGGUGGUCAAGGAGGCUGAGAGGCUGACGGGCUUAGGUAUCGGAGUGAGUAGCCGAUUGAAGGUCUUGAACGAGCUCGUGCGCCAAUAUAGAAUGAUCGAGACGGAGGAUGCUGCACGAGAGGCGUCACGGCUCACUGAAGCCGCACAAGGCCUCAUCAGGGGCUCCUGGCAUACCGUGCGGAAGCUUACCGAGCUCACGCGUAAAAAACUACCACACCCGUUCGACGACCCUCAUGAUAAGUCCCGCACCUCCAGUCUCUACUCCGCAGCUCUCGCCUUCGAUGCCACCGCCCAGCCGAUGCGGCACGUCCUCCCUCAACUUCUCUGGGUAAACCCAUUCCGUGUCGAGCAUCGUACGCUCAGCAACCCCGCCGAUAAGAUGGAAGACUACGCGCGCGCGUUCAGGCGCUCGGCGCUCGCGCUUGGAGACAUCGCUACAAUGGAGCAUGGAAGCCAGGAGAGGGCCCGCGCGUGCGUUGCACAUGCAUUGGCGCUAGUCGCGACGAACAGGCUAGAUGUAUUGGACCAAGCGGUCGGGCUUUGUUGGGAGGCGCUCCGCGGGUUCGGCUAUGGACCUGGACUAUCUGCGCCUGUCUCUGAAUCGCUGAGAAGGGCGCUUUCAGCGUUCAGUCACGCCUCGUACAUGCGCUACACGCACUUUGGCGCUUUGUUGGACCUCGAACAGUCGGUGAGCGCGCUCAAGAUAUGUCUCGCAGGCUUCACGGGUCCCGAGCGAUUCGCCUUUUACAAUUCGCUGAGCAUGUCGCUGGAGGCCCGCUUCCGGCGUCUGGGACAACAAGAAGAUAUACUGCUAGCCAUCGAGGCCUGCCGCGCGUUCCUGGCAGAGAGCGGAAUCCAUGAUCCGAUGAUCCAGAUGAUCGUCUUUUGGCGGUUCUCCAAGGCGCUCGUCGCAUAUCAUGAUGCUACCGGGGACGGCGAGGUGCUGGACAAGGCGGCGGGCGUCGGUCGUGACGCUCUGAGGCUCUGUGGUGCGGACCAUCCGUUGCUGGCUGUGAUCCUGGCAUUGCAGGGCACGAUUCUCCGACAGCGCUUCGUCGUACAUGGGAACGAGGAGGAUUUGAAGGCCGCUUGGACACUUGCAUGUGCUGCUGUGGCGACCCACGAGGCCUUCAAAGGCGAAGAUCAGAACAUGAUGGACUCCGUGGCAGCCAAAGGGAUGUGCGCCUUGGUGAUGUGGGAGGACGGGGGCAAGCUGGAGGACCUGAAUGCGGCAAUUGCGCUCUUUAGAGGCGUGGCGGAAGAACGGCGUGAGACGCACCCGGACAGAGCGGAGGCGCUCUUCAGACUUGGAGAUGCGUUGAAGAGACGGUACCAGCUUCAGGAGGCCGAGGGGGAUCUCGUCGAAGCCAUCUGCCUUUGUCGAGACGCGUUGGGAGCAGAGACGGACACACGGCACCCACGGUACCCCUUCUGGGCCGCGGGUCUUGCUGCGUGUCUGCUAGAGGUCUCGAAAAAAGAAGCCAACGCGGACGCGCUCGACGAGGCGGCGGUAUGGGCCGAGCUCGCGGUUUCGCUGGUCCCGGAGAUGCACCCGGGGUUGGCGGGCGUGAUGGUCACCUGGGGCGAUGUCGUAUACGCGAGGUACGAAUCGCGAGGAGACGUGAGUGACCUGGAUGAGUGCCUGCGCAUGUACGCUCAGGCGGCAACCUCGACGACUGCUCCGAGCGGUCACUGUCUGCGGCACACUAGGACGUGGGAGGCCGUCGCCACGAAAUACCAUCGCGCCUCUGAUGUUGGUGCCGUGUUCGACGCGCGCCUGCAGCAACAGCUUCGCACGGUGAACUUGGGGCGGUCCGUGCAGGCGCGACACGACAUUCUCGCGAAGAGCCCAAUCGAAAGCUCGCGCGCGGCCGCACACGCGAUCAAAGAGGGAAAGCUAGAGCAUGCUAUAGAGCUGCUGGAGCAUGGCCGGUCCGUCGUUUGGCAGCAGACGUUACGCCUUCGGCCGUCCAUGGACAAGUUGCACCAGGUCUCGCCUGCCCUCGCGGGCCGACUGUCUGCGACCAUCGAUGAACUCGAAGGCAUCAUGCGGGUACAAUCUGUGACAUACACGUUUGCCACGAUCGACAGCAUCAGGGAUCCUGACCGCACGGAGCGGCACCACCGCGAGCUCGCGGAGAGAUACGAGGGCUUGCUCGCUGAAGUGAGAAAGCUGGAUGGGUUCGGCGAUUUUAUGCGACUGACAAGGUUUGCGGACCUGGAGGGGAUCGCGCGCGAUGGCCCCGUCGUGGUCGUGAACCUGUGCGAAGACCGCUGUGAUGCGCUCGUGUUGACUGUCGCUCAUGGCAUCCGCCACGUCCCUCUGCCCGACGCCGACUUUCGACGGCUCGAAUCUGCGCAGGAAGAGUUGGCGUUCGCUGCAGAGUCUCUCGAGGAUGAUCCUACAAGGGACACCAUGCGUGCGAUGGACUCUGUACUUCUCAAGACCUUGCGCCUUCUCUGGAAGACGAUCGCCAAGCCCGUGAUUGAGGAGCUACACAAGCUCGGCGCCAUGGCGGAGCGUCUGUUCUGGUGCAUGGCUGGGGCGGCAGACAUGCCCAUACACGCGGCGGGACCCUAUGAAGGCGGGUGCUUGAAUUUGCCCGACAUCGUCGUGUCAUCAUACACGCCUACUCUCGCAGCCCUGCUCCGUGCAAGGAACUCCAUAGAAGCUGAUUCUGCGCGAAUACUGGCCGUGGCGCAGAGCGAAACGGCCGGGUUUUGUGAUCUGCCUUGCGCGAAGACGGAGAUCGAGGUUCUUCGAGAGUUCGCGUCUCUGCCUGUGACCGCGCUCGUCGACAGCGCGGCCUCGGCAGCCGCUGUGCUAGGUCACCUCCAGACGCACAGCUGGGUGCACCUCUGCUGCCACGGGACCGUCGACGCUCGACAGCCGUUGCUGAGCACGUUUCACCUGGGUCACGUCGGGCAACUGAACAUCGAGGCCCUGAUGCAGGCUCGGCUGCCGCAGGCGGACUUUGCGUAUCUGAGCGCGUGCCACACGGCGGUGGGAUCUGUCGCGCGGAACGAGUCGAUGAGCCUGGCGGCUGCGCUGCAGGUGACGGGGUUCCGGUCGAUCGUGGCGACGAUGUAUUCUAUCGGGGACGAGGACGGGCCGGUUGUGGCGAGGGAGGUGUACAAGUACCUGUUUCGAGACGACGCUCGGCCUGCGCGGUCGUCUGACGCGGCCGUUGGGGUGCAUCGGGCGGCGCGUGCGCUGCAGCAGUCGGGGGCGCAGAUGUUCCGCUGGGUUCCGUUCAUUCAUAUUGGGGGCAGUUUGACUGGAGCCAUGAAAGAUGACAUGAACCCUGGAAGCGCGUCGAGGCGAGGCGAACACUACCGCGCCUGGAUGUACGAGUACGAAGGGGCGUGGGAAGGCUGGAGGGAGCGUGGCUGCCGCGUGUGGCCGAUUACGGCGCCGCGAGUGGCCGUCGCCUUUCCUCCCUCGUCCUACAGUACUCGAUCGUCGCUUCCGUCGCUUCCCGCUUCCUGUCGCCCGCCUGCUUUCCCUCCUUCCCGGUGCACCAUGUCGGACUCGGCCUCCGCGACCAGUCCUGCCGCGUCUUCAGGUGCCUCCUCUUCGUUUUCUCUCUCUUUCUCUACUUUCUCUUCUUCUUCUUUCUCUUCUGCCCGAGCAUCGUCCUCUGGUCCUCCGCUUUCCUCGUCCGUCUUCUCCUCGUCCGUCUCGCUGACGACCCGUUCCGUUCCAGCUUCAUCUGCCCCGGCAUCCUCAUCCAUCGUCUCCACUUCCGCCCCUCCAUCCUCCACCCCCGACAGCAGCACAUCCGCUGCUCCCGUCUCCACAUCCACACCGCCCUCGUCUUCAGACAUACAGACAGCCUCCUCCUCCUCCUCUGUCCCUGCCACAUCCACUACCCCUGCCACCACCCCCGCUUCUGCCACCUCCCUCUCUCAAUCUGGAUCAUCUUCCAUCGCCGCCGCUUCCUCCUCUGCCGCAGCCUCUUCUUCCGCCGCCGCCGCCUCUUCUGCAGCACUCUCUUCUGCGCCCCCAGUAACGACCAUAGCGUCCUCGACCUUCAUCGGAACAAAUGCCCAAGGUCAAACCGUCACCACCGUCAUCGCGACCACCGAGACGAUCGCUGCCACCGCCGCCGCCGGCUCCCACUCCUCAUCGUCCUCAUCCAAUACGGGCGCCAUCGCGGGCGGUGUCGUCGGCGGCGUCGUCGGCCUCGCCCUCCUCGUGCUCCUCGCCUGGUUCUGGCGCCGCAAGUCCCGCAAGGACGACUUUGACGGAAACUUUGACCCCGACCGCGUCGUCCGUCACUCUGGCCACGGCCCCAUCGACCUCGCAGACGCCCCCGAGGUCACCCCAUACGCGUACAACCCCGCACAGCCCCAGACCGCCUUGGGCGGUCCAGCCGCCGCCGAAAACGGCACAGCGAUGAGGCAGCACCAAGACGGCAAAUCCUCGCUGCUCACGGCUGGCAUCGCCGGUGCCGGGGCCGGCGCGGCAUACGGCCGGAGUCCCCCGCACUCGGCCUCGCACUACGCCCCGCCGUCCAACAGCGACCCCAGCGAGUACCCGCGCUCGGACGCGUCCUCGCACUACCCGCCCACCAGCCCCGCAGGCAGCGCCUUCCCGUACGGCGACUACCGCCAUCCGUCCCCCGGCCCCUCGCUCCCCACGACGCACUCCUCGACCGGCAACACCUCCAGCGCGCCCGCUCCCGGCGCGUGGCAGAAUCCGCGGAGCGCAAAGGAGCGCGAGGCGCUGGGCGAGCGCUUCGGCCAGAUGGCGCCGGGGGGGCCGGGCGGGUUCGUGCUGGCGAACCACGGCGAGGAGGGCGCGGGCGCGGGCGCGUCCGGCUCGGGCGUCGUGCAGCAUCGAGACGGCGGGCGCGCGCCUGAGGACGUCCCGAACGAGAUUCCGCCUUCGUACGACUCGAUCCCGGCGGGCGCCCGCUGA